AUGCCUCCUCCCAACGCCUUUCAGCCCUCAUCAAGCCCUAUUGACAAGAUAUCACUUGAUGUAGCGGCUAGCAUUUUAUCCCAGUGUGACACAGUCCAAGAGGUGUAUCCCGUAAUCCAGAGCCAUCGCGUCUUCCAAACUGCGUUUGAGCUCCAGACUUGCUUGAUCCUCAAGGCCGUCAUCACCGCGCAGAUUCCCGAGGACCUGCUCCCCUUUUCAAUGACUCUCCUAUCGUCAGACGAUGGCGGCUGGAUCGAGUUCCUGACUGCAAUGUCUCGCCUACCAUCGCUGAUGGCAGACAAAGCCCUCGUUGACGCCAGUCUUAGCGGUCUGCCCAAGUGGCACUACUCUGGUAUGAGUAAGACCUACGCGGCUGCCAAGUUCCUGGCCCAGUUGAUGGCCGAGGAGGUAAAGCCUCUCGCCGCCGAGAAGUUCCGGCUAGGCCAUCCAUUGGAGAAGGCGUCGGCAGUGGAGACCUUCCGCCUGGAACGAGCCAUGCUGCGAUUCGAUCUCAUGUGCAGUAUGUUCUGCUCGUGGGAUUGCGCGUGGUUGGACCACAAUGACCCCGUACGACACAGACCCAUCCGGGAAUUCUUUGGGUCAUUCUCUCCCUGGGUCAACGAACAGAUGCUCUGCGCGUAUGAGUUUCUCAAGAAAAAGAUUCGACAAGUACUCCCCGAGAUUCAAUCAGAUAUUGCCGCGCUUGACGAUAGAUGGGGGCCCGUGGUCUUUAAUAAGUUCAUCAAUGAUGAUGAUUAUCUCCGACAUCGGGCUGUCAAUUACGUCCAUCAGAUAAUUACUCAUGGCCUCCCAUUAAUCGCGGAUCUCAUUGGCCCGAAGAGCAACCAGGAGAAGGCUCGGCUCUUCCUCCGCCAGGACUUUAGCGUACACUUUGACAUCGGAUUCUAUCCUGGCCCCAGCCUAAGCUUUAUGACUACUGCUUAUCGAACUGCGGUUGCCGGCCUAGAGACUACGCCGUUGAGGUCCUACUCUGCAGACGACUGGGCUCGAUUCACAGGAGAGUUCGACACCAAAUACGAUUCGACUGACACGGCGGCCUUCAAGGUUUGGUUGUUCACCCACAGGAACAAAUACAUGCGUGGGAGUAUCUUGAGUGAUACUGAUAGGAACUUGCGAUGCUGCGGAUACGCUAUCUGGGACAUUCCUGAUCAGAUAAAUGCGGCGGCAGUUAGAGCGAUAAGGAACGAGCCAUGGACUUAA